AGGUGGAACGUCAAGCUCAGGCAAAACCUGCAGAAAGCAAGGGAUGGUUUUCAGGCUGGUUCAGUAGUAGCACUCCAAAAGAAGAUGAUUCAAUGUCACCAGCUGCUAUAAUGAAAAAAUUUGAAAGUGCUAUGACACCAGAAGAGAAGCAGAAAUUAUACAAGGCAAUUGGUUAUCAAGAAUCUUCAACACCUACUCAGUAUCCUGUUACUUUUGUAGAAAAUGCUAUUGACUUUGAAUUGGCAGGUCUGUCAGUGGAAGUUCUGGAUGACACUUAUGAUACACCCCGUGUUAUGUAUGGAGAACUCAACAGUGUGAUUGUACAUUUUGAACAACGUCCAUCUGCUAAUGCUGUAAAGUGAGUA